AUGCCUUUUGUCUUCUUUUCUGCAGAAAUCACAAAACCACCACUAGCACCGAAACCAAAGAUUAUUGGUCAUCUUUCUCCAGUAGCUGUCUCCAAAUUUUCUCCUUCACUGCCAAGGGCUGAUAUUCUUCAUAACCAGAACUCUCUGUCUAGGGGUCCCAAACCACCUAUUGCUCCCAAGCCAAAACUCUCAGCUGACACUGAGGGCAAAUCCAGUGUUUCUACCAACAAUAACUUAAAUAAAUGCUCAAAUGGGAAACUGCUAUGUCUUGAUGGAGAGCUGUAUGAAGGAGACCAAUGCAAUGCUGAUUGCCUAGAAUCUGAGGGAGAUAAUGAAUACAUUGUAGUUCCUGAAGCUCAGCUUACUGUCAAGGACUGUAAUGAUUUGGAACAUGAGCACGAUCAGAACUUAGAUUCUUCUGUGGAAAAUGAUGUCUCAGAAACUCUAGAAGAGGUAGAGAAGGAAGAGGAUAACACCACUCAUGAUGAGAAUACCAGUAAUCAAGAAGUCAUUGAAGAUGAGUGCCCUAACUCUUCAGAUAUUGCUGAACCAAUGGAACCAGACUCUGAAGAGUCAGCCAGAGACCUUGACCAGUCCAAAGCACCUUGUGAGGAGUUGUCAGAUGCCCCAGAUGGGGAUAAUGAUGCUUCUGAGAAUGUAGAUGAAGAUGAGGAUGUUGUAGGUGAUUGUAUUGAAACCAAAAACAAGCAGGAAACUUCUUACAACCUGGAACUGGUCAAAGACAAUAGUGAUUGUGAGACUGACAGUGACAACAUUUUGAAUAGAGAUGAGGAACUAAUGGGUGAUACCUACAAAGAUACCACUGUAAUGUCACUACCUGCAGAUGAAUCAAUCCCAGGUUGUGAGGAGGCAGGGCAGGAGGAGGAGGAACUGCCUGACCUUUCAGAAGAGGCAGAUGGGCAUCUAGCACAUGAUGAUGAGCAUAGUGCUCAUGCAGAGCUUGCUUUGAACGUGGAAGGGGAAGUAGAAAGUGCUGCCUGUGCAAGCUCUGACAUGCUGCCUGAUGAGGCCAGCGAAGAAACAGCCUCUGGCUUAGAAUUGUGUGAAGAUGAACCCAGUGCUGAACACGCUUUAGGAGAGUUCAUCCAUCAAGCAGCAGCUGAAGAGGAGGAAGCAGGCCCAGAUGAGCACAAUGAUACAAACACAGGAAAUGCCAGCGAUGGCUGCCAGAUCACUGAGAGGACAGGUGAGAAGACAUCAAAGGUAGCCUGUGAAGCAAGCAAAGACUCUGGGAAAGGGGAAGAAGAAACUGUGAAUGCAGAGAAUAUGGAUGAUGGCUGUCAAACUGCACCUUCCGAGAAUGAAUGCGGUGAGGAAAUACCCAUGGAACAUUCAGAUGGGAAUCUUCAAACAGAAGGGACCUCUCUGCAUGAAUAUGGUGUGAACUCUGAUAGUCUACCUUGUAGUCAAGGGAUGGAGCCAGAGCUGGAAGAUGUGACUGUUGAAGAGCAUAGUGAAAAUACUGUAGAAACCUCUAAGUCAGAUGAACUGCAACUUGAAGACAACGAGGAGGAAGCAAACAGCCUCAAAAGCAACCCAGAUUCACCUCAACAGGAACUACUUGAGGAAGAGUUAGAAGUCUGUAAGGAUUGCACAAUUAAUGUAGACUGUGGGACCAAACAUGUUUUGCAUGAAAAUCUAGCAGUCCCUAAAGUGGUCAUUGUGCCUGAAGAAUCAGAGAAGAAAGAAAGUAGCAGUGAUUCCCUAGAUGAUCCUUACGUGCUUCCUGCAGAAAACGAAAUUGCUCAUGAUGUGCAGAAUGAUUCAGGAGCUGAUCACAGUAAAAGGGAUGAGCUAAGCGUGGAUGGUGAAAACAACUUGCUGCCCACUGAUCGUAAAAACAUUGUCACCAGAACACGGUCACUCUCUGGGAAAAUGCCAGGCUGUGUCCCAGAAACUGUUCCAGAAGAAACUGGACCUGAAACUGAUUUACCAUCUCCCCACAACAGCUCUGGGACAGAAAAUGUAAGCAAUAAUUUGAUUUCACUGGAAGGAAAACCAAUGGAAUCCAAUAGGGUAUUACCAACCAAGUCAAGACGUUUCAUUUUUUAUCCUCGCUCUUACUCUGUUGAAGGGAGAGAGAUACCCAUGUCUGUUUACAGAGAGAGUGAUAGCUGUGUGCUGGGUGAUGUUAGAAUAAAAAGGACAGAAGACAACUUGUCUUUGCCUUGUGUCAAUGGUUCCUCAGGUAGUUUUUCCCAGCAAAAUCAUCUUUCGUCAUCUGGAGUAUCUACUCCAUCCUCAGUUGUUGAUAUACCACCUCCUUUUGAACUGGCCUACAUCACUAAAAAGCCAAUCACUAAAAGUUCCCCUUCACUUUUGAUAGAGAAUGACUCGCCUGAUAAGUAUUCCAAGAAAAAGAAAUCUUCUUUUAAGCGGUUCCUCACCCUAAAAUUCAAGAAGAAAACUGAAAACAAAGUCCAUGUAGAUGUUAAUGUUUCCUCUUCAAGGUCCUCGUCAGAGUCGAGCUACCAUGGGCCUCCAAGGCUCAUGGAUCUGGACAGGAGGAGCCUGAGCAGCUCACCUCAGGUGAAAUCACACGUGGCAAAGUUCCGUGCAUCGGAGUAUCCCUCAACUCUUCUUUUCUAUAAGGAUGGUAAAAGAAAACUGAAAACAAAGUCCAUUGACUAUGAAAACAUACAAAUUCCUCCUCGGAGACCCACCAGAGCAGGAACUUUUACCGAGUUUUUCGAAGAUGCCAGCAGGGCAUUGUCUGCUGCUAACGAGAACGACGGAUAUGUGGAUAUGAGCAGCUUCACUGGCUUUGAGAACAAGCAGCAAACCACGGACCAGGAAACAGAAAGUGCCUACACUGAGCCCUACAAGGUGUGCCCUGUCUCCAUGAUACCCAUGGAAGUCGUCACAUCAGAUGAGGAACAGAAGAGUUCAGAAGAUGAGGAGAGCAGUCCUGGGGAUCCCAGCCUCACCAAGAAAGAAGGCCAGUCCAGAGCUUACCUCAUUGCCCAGGAGCUGAUGUCUUCAGAGAAAGUAUAUGUGGAGAUGCUUCAGCUGUUACGUAUGGAUUUCUAUGAAGGGAUCUUGAAAGCGCUUGGAGAGGAUGAUGAAAAUGAGCAGGAAGAAAUUAAACUCAAGCAGGGUUUAAGUGAACUGCCUGAAAUUUAUGAAUUACACCAAGACAUCCUGGGAGAACUGGAAGAGAGAGUCCUUAAAUGGGAGGAGCACCAGAAAGUUGCUGAUGUUUUUCUCUCCAGAAAAUCAAGGCUGAAUCAUCACACAGCAUACAUUAUGCAGUUUGACAGGAAUUUGGCUUUGCUAGAUGAAACGUGCCUUAAACAUUCCCAACUGGCUACCAUGAUUCAGGAGUUUGAGCAGAGCUCUGGUGGCAGCUCUCAGAGUGUGAAACACCAACUUUUGGAAGUGGUGCGGCGUGUCUUCCAGUAUCGGGUGCUGCUCACAGAUUACUUGAAUAAUCUUUGUCCUGAUUCUACAGAGUAUGAAGACACACAAGCUGCCUUAUUGAUUGUUUCUGAAAUCACAGACCGAGCCAACGACAGCAUGGUCCAGGCGGAGAACUUGCAGAAGCUGGUACACAUUGAGCACAGUGUGAGAGGGCAGAGUGGCCUCCUCCAGCCAGGAAGGGUCUUUGUUAAAGAGGGAACACUGAUGAAAGUCUCUGGCAAAAACAGACACCCUCGGCAUUUGUUCUUGAUGAAUGAUGUUCUGCUGUACACAUAUCCCCAGAAGGAUGGCAAAUACCGACUGAAAAACACCUUGGCUGUGUCAGGCAUGAAGGUCAGUCGCCCAGUGACAGACAAAGCCCAAAACGUCCUGAAGAUUGAAUGUGAUGAAUGUUGCCUGACCCUGUCAGCAAGCUCCUGCUCAGAACGGGAUGACUGGUACAGCUGCAUCAGCAGACACAUCCCAGAUGACUACAAAGCUCACAACACUUCGACCUUCCACAGCAGUGUGGAGCUAAGGGAAAGGCUUGGAAUACCCCUGGGUGAGAGGCCUCCUACUUUGGUACCUGUGUCCCAUGUCAUGAUGUGCAUGAACUGUGGCUGUGACUUCACCCUCACUUUGAGGCGACACCAUUGCCAUGCCUGUGGGAAGAUUGUAUGUCGAAACUGUUCAAGAAACAAGUACCCCAUGAAGUACCUCAAAGAUCAAGCAGCCAAAGUCUGUGAUAGCUGCUACGUGGAACUUAAGAAAAGAGAACGGCCACUAAGCAUGAGCUUCCCUCCAACUUCAUCCAGAUGUUCAAGCAGUGCCUUCUCCUCUGUCUUCCACAAUAUUAAUUACUCAUCUUUUAAGAAACAGAAGAAGAUCCCUUCAGCUCUCACAGAGGUGGCAGCCUCAGGAGAGGGAGCUACCAUCAGUGGUUACCUCAGCAGAUGUAAGGGAGGCAAAAGACACUGGAAGAAACGUUGGUUUGUUAUCAAGGGCAAAGUCCUCUACACCUACCUAGCAAACGAGGACAAAGUUGCUACAGAAAGUUUGCCUUUGCUGGGUUUCACCAUUGCCCCAGACAAGGAGGAAGGAAGUACGGACUCAGUUUUUCAUCUCUACCACAAGCAGACUCUCUUUUACAGCUUCAGAGCAGAGGACAACAACUCAGCACAGAGGUGGAUUGAAGCCAUGGAAGAAGCAUCCAUAUUAUAG